AUGUUUACAUGCAUAGCUUGUACGAAACAAACAUCAGAUGAGAGGGAUGAAGAUGGUCGUGAGAGUGGCACGCCUAGUACUAAAGAAGCUGUCAAAAGCAUUACCACACAGAUAAAAGAUAUGGCCCUAAAGUUUUCGGGUGCUUACAAGCAAUGCAAACCAUGCACAGGAGGAUCGAGUAGCUACAACAAGAAAGGACAUAGACCAUAUCCCGAUUUCGACACAAUCUCAGAAGGGGUUCCAUAUCCUUACGUUGGAGGUGCAAGCUCAAGUUCAACCCCUGCAUGGGAUUUCACUACCUCUAACUACCCUGGUGCAAGAUACGCCGGAGACCGCACCCCUAGAGGACGCGAUUCAGCAUCAGUCUGUGAUGUUGUGUUAGAGGAUGAAGAUGAACCUAAGGAAUGGAUGGCACAGGUUGAGCCAGGGGUUCAUAUUACCUUUGUUUCUCUUCCUAAUGGUGGAAAUGAUCUCAAGAGAAUUCGCUUCAGCCGUGAGAUGUUCAAUAAAUGGCAAGCUCAAAAAUGGUGGGGCGAGAAUUACGACAGAAUCAUGGAGCUUUACAAUGUCCAAAGAUUUAAUCGACAAGCUCUCAACACUCCUCCAAGGUCCGAAGCCGAUGAGCAAAGAGAUUCUACUUACUCGAGAUUGACAUCAGCAAGAGAAAGUCCUAUGGCGUCGGUCAAGGAUUGGACGCCAAGGAGUCACUACAAACCCUCAGGAAUGUCGGAUCAAGGCGGAGGUCACCACUUUCAAGCAGGAUCAUCAAUGGAACCAUCAAGGGCAACUACUUCAUCUAGAGAUGAACCUUCUAUUAGCAAUGCAAGUGAAAUGGAGUCAGAAUGGGUAGAACAAGACGAGCCUGGAGUUUACAUUACAAUCAGACAGUUAGCCGAUGGUACGAGGGAGCUCAGACGCGUCCGAUUCAGCCGAGAAAGAUUCGGCGAGGUAAACGCAAAAACAUGGUGGGAAGAGAACCGAGAAAGAAUACAAGCUCAAUAUCUUUGA